AUGGCACAAAAUAGACCACUUGAAGGAGGAAAGAAAAGGCCUAUUUUUCGUAUUGACUGUCCUACAUGCAUUGAUGAAGCAACUUUGCCAUCAUCAGACUCAUUGUCUUAUAAACUAUUAGAUGUAGAAGAAGAAGCAACAUUUGAUUAUCAAGGAACACCAAUAAAUAUUUCAGUUUACUCAUUAAUAGAAACUGAAGAACUUGGCAGUGGAAAUUUUGGAACUGUUAUGUUGGCUGAAGUUAAAGGACGUCCAGAAAUAAAAAUGGCUGUGAAACGAUUAAAUCUAACUCCAAGUCAAAGUAAUCCAAAUGAUUAUACAGCGAAUACUGAUCUUCGAACAAUGCGUGCAGUUGGUUCAGGAUUAAAUCCAUACGUAACUAAGUUCUAUGCUCCAAUAAUUGAUCGUAGCACCUGCCAAUUACUCAUUUGUAUGGAACUAUGUGAAACAUCAAUGGAUACAUUUUAUACAACAAUGCAUGCAAUAGAUAAAACACAACAUCUUGAUUUAUUACUUAAACGCAUGAUUAGUCAUAUUGCUGAUGCACUUCUUUUUCUUAAAUCACAAAAUAUUCUUCAUCGAGAUGUUAAACCAUCUAAUAUCUUAUUAAAUCAAAAUCCUAUCAUAUUUAAACUUUGUGAUUUUGGUAUAUGUGGUCGAUUGAUUGAUUCAGUCACAGGUACAAUGACGAAAGGAACACGAAUUUAUUUAGCGCCUGAACGAAUCGAUGGAAAUUUAUCACCUCAUGGAUAUGGUAUACGAUCAGACAUGUGGGCAUUAGGUCUUUCUAUUGUGGAAAUAGCUACAAAUAAACAUCCAUUUUUUCAAAUGAUAGAGCCGGCUAUUUUAAUUAUGAUUGAAACAUGGAUACCUGAGUUACCACCAAAUAUAUCAGCAGAAUUACAAGAACUUGUCUUUUGGUUACUAAAACGAAAACAAGAAGAUCGACCGGCAAAAUAUGAAUAUAUUUUAGCAUCACCUGCCAUACAAUCAUUACCAACAGAAGUAACUAACGAAGAAGCUGAAAUGGUAAAAACUGUUAUUGAGCAUACACCGCAAGUAUAUGAAAAUUUCAAUUAA